AUGUCGGCCCAGAAGGAGGAGGCCAGAGGGGCAGCAGGGAGCCCAGAAGCUCCUCCCGUCAGCCCCCAGAUGCCCAGAAUCAGGUGGUCAGAAGAGCAGCCCGUGUGCGCCUUUCCUGGACGCACCCAGCUCCUUAGGACGUGGCCGUUGCCACUGCAGCGCAGACAGUGCCGUGGGAAACGGCAGACGAGCAUGUGGGGCACAGGCUGCGACAGGGGAGCCGACCUGGGGCGCCCAGCAGCCCAGAGCCCGGGCGCCCAGCCCCUGGGGUAUGAAGCCGGGGCGCCGGCUGCAGGGGUGCGCCCACACGGCCCGCCCCUUCCCCGCCCAGAAGCACAGACUCCUGCUUCUCCCAGAGCAAGGCGAGGAGCUGGGGCACGGAGGAAGUGGAGCUUCCGUCUGACGGUGGCCAGCCAGCUGUCGGUUCAUCAGACGGCUCGCGUCAGUCCUCCCAAACCCAGGCCUGCUCCCCGACACACGGCCCUGCCUGCGCACCCAAGCCCUCCCCUCCCUGAUGUUGGACAGUUACUGUAUGCACGUCCGGGACUUCUCAGUGGGCGAAGGGCGCAAGGCCCGCCCGGCCCCAGCCCCGGCUGCGACCCCGCCCCCUGCCAACGGAAGCCCACAGCGGACCCGCUGAGAGGCGCCCCAUUCCUCACAUCUGAGAACGGUCACGUCGCCUGGGGACUUCAGCAUCACAACCGUCAGCCACAGGGAGAGCCUCCUCGUCAAGGCGCAGGCCCCCUGCCGCCCCUGGACAGCCAGCUGACCACCCAGCGGAGGCCGUGCCAGCCAGCUCUGCCCGCCAGUGGGAGGCAGACGGCUGAGCGGGGCUCCGAGAGCGAUUCGUUCCUAGUUAAAGCCUGUCAAGCCUGGGGUGUGGCCAGGCUGGGCCAGUGCCCCGGGGGCUUCGGGAAUGCGCCCCUGGAGGAGGCAUUUGAUUACACGAGGGCACAAAUCGAGGAGAGGGGCGUGGGGACCCCAGAUGUGGGGUGCACUCAGGACAAAGGAAACCGCAGCACCGGCCAGGGACUGUCCCUGGGCUGCCCUCCUGCCCUCUGUAGACUGGAUGUCCCUAUGACCCCCUCCUCGGGUUCGGUUAAUUUGCCAGCGAGGCUCAAAGAACUCAGAGAGACUGUCACCUACGAGAUAACAGAUUUAUUGCAGGAGAUGACUCAGAAACAGCCGAAGGGAAGAGAGGCACGAAGCGAGGCCUGGGUUGUUACAGACAAGAUGACAAAUGACCAGCCCCAGGUCAGCAAACUGAGACGUGACUCGUCUAGGCUUGCCCAGAAACGGGGUCUCAAACCAGACCGCCCGCACCUGCCAGCAAAGCUCCUGACCCCCCUGCAGGACCACGGCCUUGCAGUGAGCAACCCUCUUCUCCGCCUGAGUCACCCUGCUGCCCCUAGAAGUCUUUCGGCCCGCACAGCCCCUCCGGGGCCUCUCCAGCUGCUAACCGGCUGCCGCCGUUCUCAGGAACGGGAAAUGAGGCCCAUCACAGCUUUCAAGCCGGCUCAGCUGAAUCCCCUUUUCUGA